AUGUCAUCCGAUUCUGGGCCUCUCCAUCGCCGUACCAUUCCAAUAUCUGUUCACAUUUUCUCAGGAUUUUUUUAUGCACCGUUUUAUGCACCACAACUUACUCAGUUCAUUGUCACGAUCACCAUGUACAGCACCUAUCAGCGACCAGCAGGGUACCAGCCGCGCCAGCAGCCGCAGGGCGAGGAAGAUCGACGACCUGCGCACAGACGGACCGUUGACCAUGGCUCGGCGUUCGGCAAGUGGCAUUUGGACCGGCUGAGUGGGCGCACGAUCCAACCGGCCAACAUGCGAUCGGAACAGUCGUAUAUCGUCGAUCUGCUGCCUCCGUCGGCCUACACCAACAUCAACGGGUCGCUGCGGUCGACCAACCCGCACAUUACGUCCGUGGCGGCCACUCCGGCCAAGUUCAUCCAGGUGGCUCUCAACAAAGUGCGGCACCCGGUGUACUCAGCCACCUGGACGCCUGAUGGACGACGACUCCUCACAGGCUCCAUGUCCGGCGAGUUCACGCUGUGGAACGGUAUGACGUUCAAUUUCGAGUCAAUCAUGCAGGCGCACGAGAGCGGAGUUCGAUCGCUCAAGUACUCGCACUCUGGAGAAUGGCUCUUGUCUGGAGACCAUGAAGGCAACGUCAAGUUCUGGCAGCCAUCGCUCAACUGUGUUAACGUGAUCGACAAGGCCCACCGUGAGUCGAUCAGAGAGCUGGCGUUUGCGCCCAGUGACCACAAGUUUGUCACCGGAUCGGACGACGGUCUGCUCAAGAUCUGGGACUUCCACGAGAGCAGUAACGCCGAGUCGGUGCUCAAGGGCCACGGCUGGGACGUCAAGUCGGUCGAUUGGCACUCGGAGCUGGGCCUCAUUGUGUCUGGAUCGAAAGACAACCUCAUCAAGCUGUGGGACCCUCGAUCCGCCAAAAACGUCAACACUUUCCACGGCUUCAAAAACACCGUCAUGAAAACCACCUUCCAGCCCACUGGUACCAAACGGCUUCUGGCUGCAGGAUGCCGGGACCGAACAUGCCGAAUUCUCGAUCUGAGAAUGCUCAACUCGGGCUCGUCGGAAGCAGGACCAACAGCAGGAACAGACAUGCCCACCAGAGGAGAUCGGUCCAUGGCCGUGCUUCGAGGGCACGAUUCGGACGUGUUUUCGCUCACAUGGCACCCCACACACGCCAACGUGGUCACCUCGGGCACCAAAACAGGCUCCAUCUACACCUUCAACGUCGACACAACUCCCGCCGGAGGAGCGUAUGGACCGGACUCGGGAAUUCUGCCUGUUAACACCAUCCCCUCGGCCCACGACUACUGCGUUUCUACUUUGGACUACCACCCCGAAGGCCACGUGCUUUGUUCGGGAGGUCUCGACCGAAUGACUCGUUUCUGGGCACGACCUCGGCCCGGAGACCCCACCUCCUUCAGAGACAAGUACUACGAACCCAAGGAGGAAGGCGUCUCAGUCAAGACGCUGCCCGGAGUCAACAAUGCCACCAGCCGGGCCGGCAUGGCUCGUGUCGAGCACGUGUCUACUCAGCAUUUCAACACUGCCCAGCCCGAGGUGACCGAUGACGAGCCGGUCUCCAUUCCGGGUUUUGCUAGAUAG